UUAAAAAAUCAGUCGCUCUCUUCACGGUUGUCGUCUGAUUAACAGUUUUUCGUGGGUUCUCAGACACUACAGAGAAAAUUGGACAGGGCAGUCGCUUAUUUGCAUUCACAAGAUGUCGUUUGUGAGGAUUAACCGACGACCAGGGCGAACUAAGAAAGUUCCCAAGAAAGAAUGGGUGAGCACAGUCACUGACCUCUCGGUUCAUAAAGCUACCCCAGAGGAUUUGUCCAGACGUCAUGAGAUGCACAAGUCCCACAACAAGGUGCUGGCGCAGUGGGAGCUGAGAGAGAGAGGCUUAAAGCGGAUGCAGAAAAAGACCCAGCCGGCAAGCCCUCCUGGAUUAGAUCAGGCCAGGCUCAGGAUCAUCAGAGAGGUGUUGUCAGAUCAGUGCCAGCUGCAAGAUGUUCUUGCACGGUCUGACAAAGCCAUGGCGGUGGUGAAAGAUCUGUUUGGUGAUGCCCCUCGUAGACAGACUGGGUUUCCUAAUGUUACCAUGGCACCUGACUGUGACUCUGAUUCGGAGCUCCCUGUUCUGCAGAAACCGGAUCCGCCCACACAGCUCUCACUGCUCAGCCAAUCCAUGAUGGACCAACAGGCCUUAAAUGAAUUUGAGGACUCUGCAGCAGAGCAUGGGGAGGAUGAUCAGGACACCUCAGUCAGCUUUAACAGUGAAAUGUGCAGGCCAAAGAGGAAAACGUGUAAAGUUAAGCCUCCUCAGUGGACUACAGACCAGCAAUUGCAGCAGAACCUUCCUCAGACUCCUUGUAAUACAGCAGGAUCAGAUGAACAAGCAGCUCUGAAUGCAACAGUGGCUGUGGAGCGUUUAAAAUCAAGGCAGUCUGAGUCAGACACAAUACAGUCCAACCCUCUGGUUACUCAGGUCCUCAAUCCUGAACCUUCAUCCUCUCAUUCAGGUGGUAAAAGCAAGUGUUCCAGGACAACCAGAAGAUGCUCUCCAGGAACCUCUGGACUGGAUGGGUCUGGGAUCAGCUCUCAGAGUGCGAACCAGUCCAGUCUAGAGCUUUUGCAGGACAUGCUGGGUCAGGUGGAAACAGAGCUGGCCUAUCUGGAACCACAGGGGCUUCUUAGCUCAUCUCAGCCAUCUAAUCAGCAUCGGGGCCUCACUGGCUUCUCUGUUGCAUUGGUGGCCACUCUGGGACGCAUUGCCAGUCACAUUAGACGACGGGAGGAGGAAGCUCAAAAAGACGCACAAGUGAGAAGGAGUCUGCAGGAGGAGGUGAGGGAGCAGAGGGCUCUGAUUGAUGCCCUCUCAGCUGAGUGCCUCUCACUGAGAGAGGAGACCGCCGCACUACAGGAGAGUCUCCAAGAACGGACAACAGAACUAGAGGAGCGUCUGGACAUGGUGAUCCUUGGGCUGGGAGAUUUGGGAAGUGGAAAAGAAGAGGGAGAAUUAGAACCACAAGAUGGUGCAGUGCCAAGAACUGAGGCUAAGCCUCUUCACGCUGAACGACUCCCACAGAAGCAGGCCUUGGAUUCUCCUGCUGUUUUGCUCUCCCCUCCACGCCAAAGAGACAGCAGAGCACCCCCUGCAGCAGCACGCUCCCUCUCUUUGCACUUUGAGGGUUCCCGUUCAACAGCCAGCGUUGGGUCGCCAGAGGACGCUGAGGCCCGCUGUACUCCUUCCUCCUUCAUCAGUCUGCCCGAUAGUGUUUUGCCACGUCCAGUCUCACUGCUGGACCAGCCAGCCCAGUAUGCAGGGCUGCGGCAGAUCACAGAGUUGACCAGUCAGAAUGCGGUGAUUCAGGCUCAGCUGGGCCAGUUCUGUCCUCCUCACACUGGAGCUUCAGUGUCCAGAGAGCUGGGCACAGACAGGCUGUCCCCUGUCAACACUAAAGACGGACAACUGUCGCCCUCUACUGUACAACAGCCAACGCAACAGUGUGUGGGUGCAGCUGACUCCUCAGUGAGGCUGAUGGAUGAGAGGCUGCAAGAGCUGAACAGACAGAGUGCAGCAGCAAAGGCGAAACUGCUGGAGCUGAUAGAGCAGCAGAAACGGACCACCUCCCUCAGUGUCUCUCCCUCAAUCUCUCCUAUACCUCCACAGUCAGUCAGCCCUAACACAGAUGCUAUAAGGCUGGCUCGGGGAUCAUGUGUGUUUGUGUCUGAGAGAGGUCAUCCCUCUAGCACAGCCAGCAGAAGGUCAGCAGGAGCAGUUUCUCCACAAAGUGAAGAGGGAGGAGAAAGGCGUGCCAUUAAUACACAGGUACACAUACACGCAUUUUAUCGCAUAAUACUGUGGGUUAAUGUCAUGUCUUUCCACCAUCUGACUUACCACUCAGCUAUGGCUACCUGGUGUGAUCCAGUCAAGCGUUACGGAAAUAUACAAACUCUCAAAACAAACGUAAAAUGUAAAAAUACCCAUCAAUGGCAGAAACACAGCAAAAGUGCAAAAAGGUGCAAAUGUUUUGGUCAGUCUUUUCUCUAUGUAAGCAAUAAUACUCCACCUCUUUUUUUUUUUUUUUUUUUUCUCUCUCAGUAAAGGUUGGCCUUUGUAAGACGGGGAAAAUUACUUGCAUCUCUCAUAUGGUAACCAUGGUGACUACAGCACUAGUACAGUUAACGUUUGCCUAGGAUUCUAUGUCUUUUAUAUUUGGGGGAGGAAACUAAGUGACAGGAUGAGGGCCUCCCCCAAAAACUAAUUUCAUUUGGCUGAAACAAGUGUGAUCCUCAUGUCACAGCCACAAAACCUGAAAACUUUUCAAAUUGGAGGCAGGCAGUCAUGAGCUUUUUAAGGAUGCUUGUAGGAGAAACCUUGAGUCCUGCUGAUCUAGGUCUCCAACAGUGCAUUUUCUGCUCUAAUUAUUUCUAAAGAAAGAACAAAAAUGCAAUGACUGUGAUGAUG